UAUUCAGUUUGUUGUCUAUCGCGCAGAUGAAAAUGUUGUUCGGAAAAUUGUAUACGAUUUCUGUGAUCUUCAUAUGCUUUAUAUUCUACAAUGUUAUUACAGACGUGAAUGGCGACCGAGUACAGAGGAUGAUCAGUGCCGAUGAUGCCACAGCUGAGGAAUUUCCAUCAAAUGCCUUCAUUACUUCUGAAUACAUCCUGCGUGAUCAAGAUAAAAUAAUAGCCGUUACUUGUAUUUGUGGUGGAUCACUUGUUACUCUUUUUCAUGUUCUUACUGCUGCGCACUGUGCAGUAUACCAGAAUGAACCUCAGAAUUCAGUUUACUACCGUGUUCCAAAUAGAAUCCUCGUUAAACUAGGGAUGAAUAGUACAGAGGAAGGUGGCUACCAGUACAGUGUAAAGCGAAUAUAUAGACACCCAAAUUACAAGCCGAUUUUCAUGCAGAAUCGUUGGGCCACUUACGAUAUAGCCAUUUUUGAGUUAGAGAAACCGGCAGAACUAGGUCCUACACAACAAAUUAUUAAAUUGCCAUGCUACCAGCCAGACCUGGGUGAGAAAGGUAUAGUGGUGGCAUCCGGACGCACAGCUCCCGACUACUCAGGAGCGGUAAAAUUGGCAAAAGGUGUAUUUACAGUAGUAAAGUGCGAUAAUUGGGUGGUAUUUGGUGUAAUUUGCAUCUGGAGCGAAGACGUGAAACUGAUCCGAAUAAUGUCACUGCGUAGGAGAAGUGAGAAUAAGAAAGCUUCAAAAACAAGAAAAAAAACGUAUAUUUGCAGCUUCAUCACGUUUCAAGAUACAUUCGUAUAAAAUUACAGCUAAUCCUUCAAUGAUUUCACUAAAUAUUCACGUAUUACCUCGUCUAACCUUCUUUAGACCAAUAUUCAACUAAUAAUUUUUGACAAUACGGCUAGCUUAGGUUCUUCGUCUCUGAUCUGCCGUAAGAGACCAUUCCCAGGUAGGAAAAAACGAAUGGGCCAACCUUGGUACAAGCACGGCCGCCGAGCUGCCGUAGCUCGGCACCCGGGCUCCAGCCAAACUCGCGCCGAACUUGGCUAGACCCUGGGAUGAUAACACGGGGCCAGGCCUGGGACCGAACUUUGGCCAGACUUCGGUCGCCGUACUUUGGCCGCACUCUGGGCUUACCAUUCGGCCCGAAAUUGGCCCAG